CGCCUCCUGCUUCCGCCGCCGCGGGGGCGGGAACGGCCCCGUUAAAGGCGGCGGGGUCGGGGAGGCGCCGCGUCUGCCCGCGCCAUGGCCGAGGCGGCAGCGCAGGAUCUCCUGCUGGCAGCAGCGUUUGUCUCCGAUGCGCAGUACAACAGGAAUAUUCCUUUUAAGACCUCCCCGGAGGCCGUCAGGCUUUAUCAGCUCUAUAACCACUGGAUGAUGCGAACAGCCACCUACUUCUUCAUCUUCCUCAACCUGUCCCUUGCCCUGUUUGAGGAACCUGCUGUGUAUCCGCUCCCCUUCCUGGCCACGUCAGUGCUGGAGGUGUUGUGCCUUCUGGUGUUCCUCGGCCGGCUGACACACUUUGCCAAAGUCACCCUGCACAAUGUGUUCUGGAAGGACACCAAGAACAUCUGCAUCAUGGUGGCAAUCCUGUUAUCCCUGACAGACCUGGCCAUAUAUGGGGUCCUCAGGCUAUAUGAUGUGAGGAGCAUCCGAUGGUCAAGGAUUGUGAGGCCCAUCUUCCUCAUCAAUUUUGCAGAGAGUCGCCAGAUCCGGAGGGCCUUCCGCAGCAUCCGCAACACGCUGCCCGAGAUCACCUACGUCUUCUUGCUCUUCAUGUUCAGCCUCCUCAUGUUCUCCCUCAUGGCCUUGAAGCUCUUUGGAGAGAGGAAUCUCCAGACAGCAGAAGGCUUGCCCUACUUCAGAAACUACCUGGAGAUUGUGUUUGACCUCUAUGUGCUGGUGACGACAGCAAACAGCCCGGAUGUCAUGAUGCCAGCAUUUGACUUCAGCUCCUGGUACGCCCUGUUCUUUAUCGCCUUUGUCAUCAUCAACACUUACAUCUUCAUGUCUCUAUUCCUGGCCGUGGUCUACAACAACUACAAAAAACAUCUGAAGAAUGAGAUCCGUAAACUCGCCUACAUGAAGCGCCGCAAGAUGAUCGAGGCCUUCAACCUCCUGAAGGAAAAGGAGGGAGAGCAGUUUGUGGUUCGGGAAGCCCGGUGGAAGCAGCUGGUCAAGCUGGUGGCUCCUGACACCAGCAGUUCCCACCGGGAGCUGCUGCUCCGCAUCUCAGAUGACGAGCAGAAAGGGUUUGUAGGCACUGUUUAUUUGCCAUGGGAUCAGGCUGACCCGUGCCACUCUGCUGCAGACAAGAAGUCCUUCGUGCAGCUGGCAGACCUGCUCAACAUCCAGGUGGUGACACUGAAGAUCCGCAGGCACCCUCUGGCGCGCUGGGUGCCGGCCCUGUAUGGAUCUGCUCCCAGCCGGCUCCUGCGCAGCGUCGUGAGGCACAGGUCUCUCUUGUACUGGGGAGCCCAGUUGACUCCAAAUGUGGCCUUACCAGCACUGAGUAGAUGGGGGAAAAAUCACUUCCCCGGACCUGUUAACCAAAUUCUGUGUUGGACUUCAAGAGCAAAACUAAACUCUGCAAUGACUUCCCCAAACUCUCAGGUUUGGGGAGAACUGAUGGGUAAAGAAUUUUUGAGAGAGGAGGCAAAAUGUUUUGGAAAUAGCUGUGUGACUUUGACCUUCUUGGGAGUGACAAGCUCACCUCUUUGUUCUUGCAGGGCUUUUGUUUGGACUUAUGAUGCCAUCAUCCUGAUAAAUGCCAUCUUCAUUGCCCUGGAUGAGGAAAGCCCCUACAUUUCCUACGCAGAGUGGGUGUUCCUUGCUGUGUAUGUCCUGGAGAUCCUCCUGAAGGUCUACACUUACGAACCCAGGGAGUUCUUUGGCAAAACCCAGUUUUGGAACUGGUUUGAUACUCUCAUCAUCUUUGCUGCCCUGACUGCAACGAUUCUCAAUGCCACCCUCAAGUCCACCAUGAAGUACAACAGCCAGCAGAUCCUGGACAUUGUGUUCAUCCUAAGAGUCCUCAGGCUGAUCCGGAUUGUUGACAGCAUUCAGAGGUUCCGGGUCAUCAUGAACACCCUGAUAAACAUCGUCCCGACCAUGCUGACUUUUGGUGGGCUCACUCUGGUUGUGUAUUGUGUGUUCGCUAUCAUUGGCAUGGAGUUAUUCCAUGGGAAAAUCCAGUACUUCCCUGCCAACUCGAACACUCCUCAUGCUCUGGAAUGUGGGAAUCCAGCUCUCAAGGAUUCCCUUUUUGCCCGUGGGAAGUACUGCAAGAACAACUUCAACAACUUUGCCUCAUCCUUCAUUGUCCUCAUGGAGCUCACUGUGGUCAACCAGUGGCACGUCUUUGCCAAUGGAUUUGCCAACGUGACAGCUCAGCCUGCCAAGCUUUACUUCAUCGCCUUCCACAUUGUGAUGGUGAUAAUCAUUGUCAAUAUCUUUGUGUCGUUCAUCUUGGAAGCUUUCUUUGUGGAAUAUUCCCUGGAGAAGAGUGAAGUGGAAACUGCCAUCGAGCAGAAAAUCCAGGAGCUGGGAAUGGGAGUUCAAGAGGAUGAGCUCUGGGAUGAGCAGCUCCUUGACAACAUGGAGAGUGCAGAGCACGAGCUGGAGGGGGAAGGUGGAACGAAGGCACAGAGCAAAGGGCUGCUGUUCAAGAUUGCCUCCAAACGAUACAGGACAGUGGAUGCUCUGCUGCAGCGCAUGUUCGAGGCAGAGAUACCCCUGGAGGACGAAGGCCCUUCCUUUGAAGAGAUCCUAAACUUGUCCCCCGCCUCGGCUGUUCCCAGGAGCCCGCGUUCCGAGAGCGCGGCUUGAGGGGGGAUCAGGGAAUGGAGCCGAUUCCCGGCUGUCCAGGUGUUCCCUGGCUGCUCCCAUGCGUGGGGCCCGGGUUCCACGGUGGGAACAAGCAGCUUUGUCCUGGGAAGGAGCUUUAUCUCAUGGAAAGUCCCGUGUAAACGUCUGGAAUGCGGGGGGCAGCCGGAGUAUCCGGCUGUGCCCGGAGAGGGACGGCGCCCGGGCAGUAUGUUCUGGAAUAACCCCUUCUUGUACCUGGAAUUGUAUCGCAGCACUUUUCUAUGCAGCUCUAUGGACCGGUGUGUGCUGAACGAAGCGGCUCUUCAGCACAAUAAAUUCAGCAGUUUGGAAAA